CUGGUCGGUGGAGCCAGGCUGGCGCCCCCGCACCCCGCCCCGCGCUCGCCCGCCGCCCGCCCGGCGCCUUCCCCGCGCCACUUGCCAGCGCUCCCCGGCGCUCCGGCCGCUCUCCCUCCCUCCCCUCCGACCCGUCCCGCCCGGGCAGUCCGGCUCCCGCAGGCCCCCCCGCCGCCCGCGUUCCUAUGGACAGACGCACAGACACCUGCAGGAAAGACACUGCUGAUCCUGUAACAUGGAGGAUUGCCUUCAUACCUCUUCUGAGAAUCUGUCCAAAUUGGUCAGCUGGGCCCACAGCCAUGGGACUAUUUGCAGCCUCAUUCCUAACCUGAAACACUUGCUUUCGGAAGGUUCUCACGGGAACCUGACAGCAAUGUGGGGCUGCAGUGCUGGCCAUGCUUAUCACUGGCCACUGACAGCUACUUGCAGAGCUGGCUCCCAAGAGAGGGUCUGUUUCCAGGAUAACAGAAGUUUUAACUCGGAUAGUCCCAGCAUAAUUGGAGUGCCCUCUGAGACACAAACCAGCCCCGUUGAAAGGUACCCUGGGAGACCAGUGAAAGCGAAGCUAGACUGUAAUCGGACCAGAGACUCUUGUGACUUCUCUUACUGCAGUGAGCCCUCUGAACUGGAUGACGCUGUCGAAGAAUAUGAAGAUGAAAACACCCUGUUUGACAUGGUGUGUGAGUCGUCUGUUACAGAUGAGGAUAGUGACUUUGAACCCCAAACCCAACGGCCUCAAAGCAUUGCUCGAAAAAGGCCUGGAAUACUCCCGUCCUCUCUCCAUUCAAGCUCCCAGGCUCAGAUGGUUGAUGAAUGCAGCAAUGAUGUCAUCAUCAAGAAGAUCAAACAAGAGAUUCCUGAAGAUUAUUACAUUGUGGCAAAUGCAGAGCUGACUGGAGGAGUCGAUGGACCAGCCCUGUCGUUGACACAGAUGGCAAAACCCAAGCCUCAGACUCAUGCUGGCCCCUCUUGUGUAGGGUCUGCUAAGCUAAUUCCCCAUGUAUCUUCUGCCAUCAGCACAGAGCUAGAGCCACAUUGUGUGUCUGCAUCCCCCUCUGUGAUGUCCAGACCAGUCGUCCAGAAGACCAGCAGGGCAUCUCUGGCUUCACCAAACAGAGGACCCUCCGGUACCCAUGGCACCAACCAGCAAGUGACCAUGCAGAUGCCUGUGAGCACAUCCCAUCCUAACAAACAGAUCAGCAUCCCGUUGUCUGCCCUGCAGCUGCCUGGACAGGAUGAGCAAGUGGCUUCCGAAGAGUUCCUGCCCCAUCUGCCCAGCCAGGUCUCUUCCUGCGAGGUAGCCCUUUCUCCUUCCGUGAACACAGAGCCAGAAGUGAGCUCCAGUCAGCAGCAGCCCCAAGUCGCUCCAACCAUAACCACCGAGGCCAUGGCACAGUGCAUACCAGACCAGGAUGAAAGAGCAGCUGAGCUCAGCAGAGAGCAGAAUGAGAAAACCAUCCGGAGCACGCAGACUGCGCUCCGCAAUUUCCCGUAUUCUACUAAGCUCAACAAAUUUCCUGUAUUUAAUAUUAAUGAUGACUUGAAUGAUCUGUGUACCAGUGCAGUAAGCCCAAAUACUACCAAAGCCACACGGUAUGCCCUGAAUGUGUGGCGCUACUGGUGCAUGACCAAUGGGCUCAAAGAUCACACGGACAUCACCAAGAUCCCUGCAGUGAAGUUGAACGAGCUGCUUGAGAACUUUUACGUCACCGUUAAGAAGAGUGACGGCUCGGACUUCCUGGCCACCUCGCUCCAUGCCAUCCGCCGGGGCCUGGACCGCAUCCUGAAGAAUGCAGGUGUGGGCUUUUCCAUCACCAGCAGCACCUUCAGUUCUUCCACCAAGAAACUCAAGGAGAAGCUGUGGGUCCUGAGUAAGGCAGGGAUGUCAGGGGCCCGUUCUCGCAAUAUCAUCUACUUCUCCCUCUCCGACGAGGAGGAGAUGUGGCAGGCGGGGUGCCUAGGGGAUGACAGCCCUAUCACUCUCCUGUCCACUGUGGUCAAGUACAACAGCCAAUACCUGAAUAUGCGGACACUGCAGGAGCAUGCAGAUCUGAUGUACGGCGACAUCGAGCUGCUCAAAGACCCACAAAACCAGCCCUAUUUUGCCCGGACGGAUAGUGUCAAGCGGGAGAGUCGGAGUGCUUCCACUCGAAUAUGUCACGGGAAGAUCUACCACGAGCAUUCCAGGGGGCACAAACAGUGUCCUUACUGCCUGCUCUACAAGUACAUGUACAUCCACCGGCCUCCCACCCAGAUGGAGGCCAAGUCCCCUUUCUACCUUACCGCCAGGAAGGAGGCUGUCGACAUGGGCAGUGUGUGGUAUGAGGAGCAGAGGAUGGGACUUCGGUCUCUUCGGGGAAUUGUCCCAAACUUAGCCAAGAAGGUCAAGCUGGAAAACUGUGAGAACUUCACCUUCGUCUCAUUUACUCAGGUCUCCAGGAGGCUUGGCUCCCACAGCUGCUGCCAGUGAGCCUGCCCUGGGUCCGGGCCACUGCCAUGAGGCAGCCGGGGAUGACCGUGACCUCAUGGCCUGACUGGCCUCUGUCAGUGUGACCUGCUGUUUCUUUGACUUUGGAUUUUUUUUUAACUGAAAGUAGAUGAUUCUGAAUACUUAGGAUGUUUCAUCCAAAUGUGUGUCACCUUUGUUACAUUAUGGAAUCUAAUACAAUGUGUAAUUGCUACAUACACAGGAGCAAGGACGUUCAUUUUUUCUAGUGCCUUUUUAGCACAGAUUUUCUAAAAAAAAGAAGAAGAAGAAGAAGAAGAAGAAGAAGAAGAAAAAGAAGAAGAAGACGACGACUUCAGUGAUUUUAUCCCAAAAAAAUCCCAGUAGCCUAGUAGCUUUAGAAUGUUUUGAAGACUAUGUACGCUUUGUUGAAUUACACUCACAAAAAGAACCAGAAAGAGAGGCAGACAUUCACUAUUUCCAGAAGAAAAAUUGCACUUGACACUCCUCUUUAUAUUGUGUUGAUGGAUAACCGAGUUCUGCAGAUUAAGCAGCCUUGCUUGGUGGAAGGUGGUGGAGACGCCCUCGGCCUUGCUCUCAGCACUGGGAGGAGUUUCCCUCUGCAUCGGCGAAGACAGUUUCGUGGAAAAACAUGAAUGCGCCAGAAGCUGCUUGUGGAAGCAAGGUUUCCAGUAAACUAGACAGUGUGUACCAUAUUAUUAUGCCAGUAGUAAAAGAAGUGGCUUGGAAAAGCAAUCUGUGAUCAAAAUGUGAAAACCUCCUGAAGCUGAAGUGCCUAUGUCCUAUUUCUCAGCACCACGUGAAAGCCCUUUUCACUUGAAUAUUUUUUAGAGUUGUUGUCCCCCCCCCCCCCCUUUAAUCUGUUCUUUGUGUCACACCGUUGUUCUGUCAGCACAUAGCACUGGAUCUGUACAAGAACUAAAGGUAUUGUUGAGGCUGAGCCAGGAAAACCCAACCAAACGAGCUGCAAAGGGAACAGAUUGGGAAAUGUGUUGUGCUUUGAUAUAUUUUGGUCAACGUAUGACUUUUUCAGCCACAGUAGGUAUCAUCGUUUUAGGUUGGCACCAGUGUUGGGGACAUAGUGCUAUAGGCAGCCGACCAGGUAAGCAAACCCAGCAGUAAGGACCGAGUUGUAAAAAUCCAAGCAUGAGGAUAGGUUUUUAGUUUAAAACCAUUUCACUCAGGUAAAAUCCAACCUGACCCCGUGUGAUGGAAACAUCAGCAGAAUUUUCUAACCACUACUCCGAGUGAGAAGUAGAAAAGGAGCCCAAAGAGUGCUAAUUAAUAAUAAUAAUUUCCUGGGGUCUUUAUUUUGUAUCUGAGGUAAGACUGCUACAGCUUUGUACCAUUGUAUUCCUUGUGUCUGCUUUCUAAUUCAAAAUUAAAAUUCCAGUAUAAGUUGGAAUAGCAGGAGUCCUAAAACCAGCCCUAUUUCUUUUUUCAAAAUAUUAUUUUAUUAUUUAUUUUAAUUAAUUGUUUUUAAAAAACAUUCACUGGUCUCUGAAAUAUGUAAUGCUCCCGUUCCCAGAGAAGACUCAGCCAAUGCUGCCUUAACGGUUAACGUUGUUCCCUCUUUAGUUCCUGCACAUUUGUGAUGUUGUGAAAACUAGUUGCUCUCUCCUGAAUAUAGUUUCAUUUUGGUAUGUCUCCAUCUGUAUCUGAAUAGCAGGUAACAUUUAAAACUCAGCGUUAUGACGUGGUAGUGCAUACUGUUCUAGUACGGUUUCCUAUAGUGAUUUUAGGGUUUUGAUUAAAAAGAGACACAAAGCAUUAGGUACAGUUUUCUUUCACUUGCUAAGCACCCAAAGGAUAUUUUGUUUGUGGAAAGCAGAUGGUCAUUUUUUUUUCUUGUCAGUUCUGCACUUAAACAGAAAUAGAACCCGUGUGAAUUAUUGGUCAGAGCCUGCAGCCUAAUUAAAUAAAACCUCCAUUUGAAUUUUAAAUAGAUUCAAGAAGAAAUUGCCAUUAGAAUCCCUGGGAUCUCGUCAGAUUUGACAUUCCCAGAAGUAGCAAUAACUGGCCCAGAGGUUGAAAUCUUUCUGUUGACAGUGGCUUUUCAUCAGCUGAAUAACCAUCUCUGCCUCAAAUUUGUUACUUAUUACCCAUUUGAUGUCGUGUAAAUCCCCGAGUUCUGAAGUGAGUGAUUAUAAUUUAAAAAAAAAAUCAGGAGGUGGAAUCGUCAGUGAUAGCUGAUGGAAUGAAAGAAGUGUCUGAGCAUCUUGAAUGCCGUUUAUGUUAUGAUGUGCCUCCUUGGGGAGUAGGAGUGAGAAAGAAAACACAUUUAUCAAGUGCUGUUCUGUGCCACCCAUUGUACCGGGUCCUUUGUCUACUUUGUAACUGUGUGGGGAGGUGACUGUGUAUGCACACACACACUUGGUAAACCUCCUAAAAUGGUAAAGCACCUAUCCAUCUACAUGACUGGGCCCGUCCUCGUCCUCGGAGGCCCUGAAGGGGGCAGGGUGGCUCGUUCUAAGGCAGUGGUUCUCUUUCCAGCCCGCUCUACACCAUACCCACCGGGGACGCCAUGAUUUUCUGCUCUACCCCUGAGCCGGGAACAAGGGGAAUCCCAAGGGAAGGAAGUGGGGGAAGUUAAGAGUGUCCCCCCACCCUCCUUGUCUUUAGUUGUUUUUGUUUGUAUGUUUGUUGUUGCUCAAAAGUGGGAAUGAAUAUCAGGAAUUUGCAAGUUCACCUAGAUACCAGUUGCCUCUGGCUCUGCGUCAGGGAUGGUGGUGCUGUGGGUGUUAUAAGAGACCGAUGGAGUCCCUUGGGUGAGCUCUCGCCCUCAGCACCUCUGCAUCUGCUCCAAAGUGAGCCCUGCUUACUCGGCACCUCCUCCCAGAAUCCAUCAGGUCUCCCCUGGGAAGUUUAUUCUGCCAGAGAUAAUAGGGCGUCAGCUUGAAGGGUAUGAUUCAAUGAAAUAGAAAGCGUUUAGCACAGCACUAGGCACAUGGUAAGCAUGCAAUAAAUAUUAGCUAUUUUAGUUACAGCUUUUGGUAAUAGUAAUAACUAUUAUUAUUAUUCAACUGAUCUGCAUUGCGCCGCUUAUUUCUUCUGUUGUGGAGAUUCUCUCCUUCAAACCGUUGAACUUGAAGAAGCAACCAGGCCUUAUAGCCUGGUCACAUUUAUGCCCAUCAAUUCUACCUCCAACACAGCCACGCCCUGAUACCUCAGAUAAUGAGCAAAAGUAAGCGAAGAAUGGAGAAAUGUUAAGAGGCUUUUUAUAAGACAGAUUUUCCACGUUUAGUGUGUUUGCAAAGUUAACCAAAGUUGUGAAAGAAGUAGUCUCCUUGGUCAUGUGGCAUUUUCCCACCUGGCUUGGAUUAUGCAUAGGCUGUGUUCCUCUCCCUGACUGAUUAAAUGGUGUUUGAAGAAAUGUGGGACAUUGUUACCUUGAUUUUGAUUUGAUUUCAGCCUUAUUAGAAGCAUCACGCACCAUUCCACUCCCUCAGCGUGUUCUUAGGGAGGAUCUGGACAAAAUAAUCCCCUCGGAGGAGCGGGAGCCUCUUGUAGUGGGAAGAUGACUAGACUGGAAGCCCCUUCACUACUCACUUGGCGAGUGCUGGUCUCCCUCUCCUCGGCUCAUUGGAGUGGAUCAUCCCCAAAGUGAAUAAUGUUCCCCUUCUGCAGUCCUGCAAAACCGUAUCAGUAGGAAGGGGCAAAACUAGGAAGCAAAACUCCUAAUUCCUCAAGGCCAUAGAGUGAAUCUCUAAGUGAGUGCUUCUCACUAGACUGGAAUGCUUUCUUUAGGAAUAACAGUUUUCUUGAAUUUUCAUGUUUCACAAUGUCUAAAAUUAUUUUGCGAUCUUUAGGCAGCAGACUGUUGAUUAUUUUUCGGUUUAGGCUAACACUGACCACGUGCUACUACUUAAAUAAAGUAAACAAUGUUUAUUAUGCUUA